AUGGAACAUCACCCGCCGCCCUCUUCCCACAUCACUCUUCAUACUUCCCAUCCCCAUCUGUCGCUCACAAUCCACCCAUCGCACACCGCCCACCCAUCGCUAACUACCACCCACCAAACCUCACCACCCAUCGCGCUGUACCACCCACCCACUCAACCUCACCACCCAUCGCACACCUCCACACAUCCAUCUCACACCGCCCAGCCGUUACAUGCCACCCACCCAUCGCACUCCACCACCAAGUAUCGCACGCCACCACCUACCCAUCGCACACCACCCCACAUCCAUCCAUACCGCCCACUCAACGCACACGACUUCCAAAAAUUUAAAAAGAUCAAGAACAACUCUUUGAAAGUUUUUGGCCCUGAAAAGGACCGUUUAUGA